AUGCUACUCGGGAGUACGAGCCUUCGAGCCCCCUAUCUUAUUACUGUCAAUGCAGAGGACCAGAUCAUACAGGAUGGAUGUGUAGCGUGGGACACUCGGACUAAACGGAUAACACACGUAUGUCCUACAGCUGAGCUCAUGCAUAACAGUACCUAG